AUGGAGGAGACCAUGGGCUUCAGCGUGAACUGGGGCAGCGCCUUCCCCUCUGUCUCAGCCAGGUGGCGCACCCAGCUGGGACCAUCUCCCCGCUACCUGCCUGGCCUGGAGGAAGCUGCCUAUUGGUCCCGCUAUUUGAGCAGCUGCGCGCCUUCUCUCCUCUUGCAGCUCCGCUCCAAUGAGUCCCCAGCCCCCAGCCAGGCUCCCGGCAGCGAGGAGAAAGCCAAAGCCGGGAACACCAAGAAGGUGGAGGAGGAGGAGGAGGAGAUAGACAUCGACCUGAACGCGCCCGAGACUGAGAAGGCAGCGCUUGCCAUCCAGGGCAAGUUCCGUCGCUUCCAGAAACGGAAAAAGGACCCCAGCCCCUGA